AUGACUGACGGUCUUCUCUGGCGACCGGCUGGGUUGGGCCGUUGGGAGCGCGACAUCGACGAAGUGGAACAGUUCUACACAACGUUUGCAAGAAGAUUUAUCGGAACAGGGCGUGCAUCUUUCGCCAUGACUGCCCACGUGUCAUUAUACAUCGUCCGUGAUGGCGAUACGCUAGAGUCGCGUGUGAUCGACGCGUUGCGGAAAGCUUGGGUAUGCCUGCGAUAUGACCACCCAACUAUCGCGUCCUGGGUGGAAUACAACCGAGAAGCCAGAAGAUGCAAAAAGAUAUAUGAAGAAUUUUUGAAAAGAGAAAAUAUGCCUGAUAUGACAUCCUGGCUCAAUGCAACAUUCAGGCUAGUGACGCACAGCCAGUCCGGCGAGGAAUGGUGCAAUUCAGAUCCACCUGUUCCCAAACUUCCCACGCUAUUCAUUGUCAAGCGAAAAGAUGCGCCAGACCAUUCAUUGAUUCUGGAUCUAGUACUCAGGUCGCAGCAUAAUAUUAUUGAUGGGCUUGGCGCGCUUCAGUUACUGGGUAAUCUCAUCCGCUACGCCGCACGAGCGUUUAACGAGCCAAACACCUUUGUGAUCCCAGAUUUUGGCGAUGAAUGGAAGCAUUUAAGUCCCCCCUUAAAAGUUGCAGCCAGUAUUCCCAAUAUUCUACCACCGGAGAAACAAGCGAGGUUUCGCCAAAUCGUGGAAUUGAACACGGCUAUGCGUAAGGAGGCCGAGGCCUCAACAAUCCCGUUUCGGUUUGGCCGCUCUAUACCGGGCCAUCACCAGCGUGUCGCCUUGAAUGUAUCUCCACAAGUUUCUUCUCGGAUUUUGCUCGCAUGCAAGAAGAUCAAGGCUAGUCUCACUCACGUCUACCAUGCCUCAAUCGCCAUGACUAUGCGGGACCUCCAGGAGCCGCGGUGCAAAAAGCGAUUGGUUCGAUAUAUCAGCUAUGCCCUGCUAAACGAGCGUGGACACUGUCAAGAGCCAUUCAAUGCGACUCUUCACGCUGCAGCAGUUUAUCACUCAAUUUCAGGACAAAGCAUGGCGAUUGAUUUAGAAGUUCCGGACACAUCCACCAGUCCGCCCAGCGAAAGCAAAAUCCGAGAUGAGAUGCGAAGGGUCGUUGAGGAGGUCAAAAAAUAUUAUCUGACUAUUAAAAAUGACCAGGACCACUUAUCAAUAACCCCCUCGUAUUGGCAGCUCGCAACGCCCGGAUAUCCGAUUGGCAAAGAGGAUCCACCCGUCCCAGCGCCCAAUCCAAUGCCCUCGGCCUCUAUCUCCAGUCUCGGCGUUAUCGACAAUCUUAUCCCUCCACAGCUGGGCCCAUUUGAAGUUGAAAACCCUUGGGUAACAGGAGAGGAAUUGGGCACAGGAUUGGGGUUAUUCGUGGGAACAUUCCGCGGUCGCAUGUCCCUGAGUGCCGCAUAUAAUGAUGCGUGGCACGAUAAGGCGGAGGUGAUGAAUUUUGUGGAAAAAUGCCACACGCUAGUCCUAACUUGCCUCGAGGUAUAUCGCGGCUAG